AUGCACACCUCAGAGAAUGUGACUGUCCUGGAGGCUUCAGGGCGUGUGGGUGGAAGAAUUGAGACCCAUAGAGUUCCUGGAACACAGUUGUACAUAGAGUUGGGUGCCAUGAGGAUCCCCAUCAACCACAGGCUCUGUCAUGAGUUUAUUAGGAAACUGGGGCUGACCCUCAAGGAGUUUUUCCCCUCCAACAACCAGACCUGGGUGCUGAUCAAUGGAGUACGGCAGCGCACGGGGAUUGUGCAGGCUGACCCCAGCCUGCUAGGGUACCCAGUCAGAGCAGAUGAGGUGGGGAAGACAGCUGAACAGCUCUUUGAUGAAGCAUUGAGAAAGCUGGUGGAGGAGCUGAAGAACAGUAGCUGCAGCCAGAUUCUGGAGAAGUAUGACUCCUUCUCCACCAAGGAGUACCUGAUCAAGGUGGGGRACCUGAGUCGUGGGGCAGUGCAGAUGAUCGGGGACCUGCUGAACACAGACUCUGGCUACUACGAGUCCUUCAUAGAMACUCUGCGUGACCAGAUCAUCUUCUCUCAGGAAUCUCGGUUCCAUGAAAUCGUUGGAGGCUUUGACCAACUCCCUCAGGCCCUUCAUGGUGCCCUCUUGCCAGGGACAGUCUUGUUUCACUCACCAGCAGAGGAAGUAGAGAUGUCUGGAGACCAUGUCAAUGUCACCUUCAGGACAGCUGACCCGCUGCAGCCCAGGUCACGUCUGACUGCCGAUUUUGUGGUGGUGGCCAACACUGCAAAGGCUGCCCGGCUCCUCCGUUUUCGGCCACCCCUCUCUCUCAACAAGGAGAAUUCACUACGUUCAGUCCACUACACCAGCGCCACCAAAGUGAUCCUGGCCUGCACACAGCGUUUCUGGGAGCAAGAAGGCAUAUUCGGUGGCAAGUCUAGCACCGACCGCCCCGCCCGCUUUAUCUACUAUCCCAGUCACAUCUCCCCCAAUGGCACAGGUGUCAUCCUGGCUUCCUAUACUCUGAGUGAUGAUUCCAUGUUCUUUGCUGCCAUGGACGAUGCCCAGGUGGUAGAUGUCAUCUUGGAUGACCUAGCUGCUGUCCAUGACCGCCCUAAAGAACAGCUCCGGGCCCUGUGCCCCUAUUCCAUGGUUAAGCACUGGAGCCAAGACCCCUAUUCCAUGGGAGCUGAGGAGAUCAAUCGCCCUUUGGUUCUGUAA